AUGGUCCAGCCUCAAAAAACCCCCCUGCAGCACAACUCCACAUUGUUCAUUUCACCGCAAAUCGGUAGUCGGAGGCAAAACGUGUUCAUCACACCUCCAAACCCACACAACAAUUUAUUCGAGACCCCAGGCACCCUGCUGUCCCUGUUCUAUGAUCCCGACAAUAUCAGCGGACAUCUCCACGAGCCCGGAAACGCUGCUCAGCCCAGCGACGAGCCGUUGUCACGUGUCGAAAAGCUACGUCUUUGGCGCCACGAUGCAUUGAUGCAACAUCAUUACGAUACAGCAGAAUACAUAGGCGACAAGAUCCUCUCACUCACAAGCGAUCCCAACGAUGCGUUCUGGCUAGCUCAAGUGCAUUUCAACAGGGGCAAUUUUUUGCGUGCACACAAACUCCUUUCCAGCAGCCCUGAAUACGAGCAGUCGCUCAGCUGCCGGUACCUAUCUGCAUAUUCCUUGGUGAAACUAGAGCGAUGGGAUGACGCCAUGGAUCUCUUGGGCGAGUCAAACCCUUUCAAAGAUUCCAACUACAAAGUGAGAAGCACGGACGGUGGCACGCGGCUUGAAGCAUCCAUGUGCUACCUUCGAGGGGUUGUAUAUGCAAAUCAGAGCAACUACGAGAAAGCGCAAGAGGCAUACAAGGAGGCGGUGAUGGUGGAUGUCAAAUGCUUCGAAGCCUUCAAUGAGCUCAUCAGCAAUGACUACUUAUCUCCCAAAGAGCAAUGGGAGUUUAUCAACCAGUUGAAUUAUGCAGAUGCGGACGACAAUGACGAGCUAAUCAAGCUACUUUACACUACACGAUUGAGCAAGUACAUGAACAUCUCCAAGUUUGAAGAGGCCGAGAGCAUCUUACGAGAAGAGUAUCGCUUGGGUUCCAAUGCAGAUGUGGUCUUGAGCAGAGCAGACUACUUGUACAUCAAAUGCAAUUAUGAUGAGUGUUUGAAGUUGUGCGAAAAGGUCUUGGAUCGUGAUCCCUACAAUUUCAGUCUUCUCCCGAACUACCUAAGCUGCUUGUAUGAGUUAGGCGGCCGUAACAAAUUGUUUCUCAAGGCUCACCAGUUGGCAGAUAAUCACCCGUCCCAUCCUUUGACCUGGCUGGCGAUAGGUAUCUAUUAUCUUUCUAUCCACAAAACUCUCGAGGCACGCAAGUUCUUCAGCAAAGCCACUCUUCUCAAUCCUAAUAGUGGGCAGGGCUGGAUUGGGUUUGGCCACACUUUUGCUCUUGAGGGCGAGCACGAGCAAGCAAUUAGCGCAUAUGCGUUUGCAGCCAGACUUUUCCCUGGAACCCAUCUACCUAAUCUCUUCUUGGGCAUGCAGCAUUUGCAGAUGAAUAGUAUCAAUUUGUCUGAGGAGUACCUUUUGGCUUCUUACCAGAUCUGCAAUACUGAUCCUCUUCUUCUCAACGAAAUGGGGGUAAUACAGUACCACAAAAAUUCCUUACAAAAAGCCGAAGCUUUGUUUCAGGAAGCCCUCGGUGCAGCGAAAUACCUCAAUUCCGAUAGUAAGACCUGGAUCUCGAUUCAUUCGAACUUGGGGCAUGUGUUCCGGAGAUCAAAUCACCCCUAUGAGGCAUUGGACUGCUUUAAUCAGGCAUUAAAGUUGAGCCCCCAAAGUGAUAGCAAUAUUCUUUCCUCGGUAGGCCUAGUCUACAUGAAAUUGGGCAACGAUCAUAAGGCCAUCCAAGUUUUACAUGACGCGCUAGCAUUGGCACCUUCAGAUCCCGUGGCCCAAGAUCUCUUGAAGCGAGCCCUACAAACAAACAAAAAUUCUCCAUUGUUCCUCAGCCAAAUGGAUUCCAAAAUAUCGGACAUCCACAUUUCGGCAAGAAAGUUGAAAUCGCAAGAUGCAGACAGGCUGAAGGGUGAUAUUCUAGCCGAUUCUACAUCAUUCGGCAACCGAUUCGCCACGCCUCUCACCAGAAAAGUGAGGAAUUUUCCCGAGGCUCCUUCGAAAUGCAACAUCACUCAGGAUGGAAGUAUUGAGGCAAUUGCAGAAAAAUUAAAGCGUGGAGAAGCAUCGAGUGACGAGGAGAUAAUGGAUAUAGAGAGCGAUUAG